CAGACUGCACACUUCGACACUCGACAGCUGACGGCGCGGGCGCACGGCCCGCUGUUCAUCCCGACGACGUGCACGCACAGCCGGCACCAUUUACUGUUGGCUCAGCUCGUCCGCCAACACGGCCAGACCCUCCUAUGUCAUGCCAGGAGGUGUCAAAAAGGCCGUGUUCCCGACGCUGGCGCUGCACGGGCAUGACUCGGCGCGGAUGACGGCGCACGACGAGUACAGCGAGCGCCACCAGCGCAAACUCAGGGGCAGCCUGCGCAAAGCGGACAGCAAAGACAGCCCCGACCCCCCAGAGCACCACCAGCAGCAGCAACAACAACAGCAACAGCAACAGCACUACCAGCAACAGCAACAUCAUAACCAACAACAACAGCAACAACAUAAGCAGCAGCAGUCGCGGCAUUCCAAGAAUUCGGAUAGCGGUGGCAGCGGCGGCGGGGGCCCAGGUGGCGGCGGGGGCGGUGGUGGUGGCGGCGGGGGUGGUCUUCCGCCUCGGACAGACUCCAGGCCGAAGUGAGAUGUCGACGGACGCCGCCAACCAGCGCCGCAGUCGGCGCCGCAGUCGGCGCUUUUUUGGUGUGCCGUUUAGCUUCCACACUAACACACUAUUUCAACGUCUUUAGAAAACUAUAUUUACUUUCUAUUUAAAUUUCCAAUACGUAAAAAUGUUUGUGUAUAAAUACAUGUAUGACGUUUAGUGAUCGACGAGAAACUACCGGUCUUUAAAGAUGCUUAGGAGGUAACUAUCUUAUAAAAACUUCCCCCACCAACUGUAGUUCCCAGUAAAAAAUUGUUGUGUAGUCUAUCGUACCCUAAGACCCUAAGGAACGUCGAAAGUAUAAUUUUAAUGCUGGAAAAUUUGAAGUAUUCCUUCGGGAUAAAUGCACAGCCUAGAAAGAGGAAAUACUGUCGUAUUAAAUAUUCAGAGAUGCUUACGUUUGGUGCGUAAGAUAAGAACCAAUUCUUGUCACUUUCAUAUAUUAUCAGAAGAAAUAAGGCAGUCGUUUCUGGGAUUCAUAAUUUGCUUUAUGAGAAAGACAACACCAUCGCUAGAAAAGUAAAACCUAAAAACACGUUGACAGUACAGUAGCUACGAAAGUGAAGAGAUUAUAUUUUGUUUUGCUUUAAGCUUGAGAGUCGUAAAUUGUUUUUUAAGGGAUCAACAAUGUCUUUGAAUGGAUCAACUUUGCCUAUCCAAGCCGUAUCAAGGUAACGCGAGAACAAUGAAGGUUUCAUUGUAAUUAAUUUCAAAGACUGAAAAUCUACGAGAACACGAAACGACAUACAUGUUGUUCUGCUAUACAUUUAUUUCGAAGCACAAAUUUUGAAAUUCUGCACAGUUUCUCCUACCCACUGUUUUUCGUAAUGAUUGUAAAUAUAUUCAAUCGGAAGUAACGCCGUGUUUCUGUUUCCACGAAAAACCUUAUUGACAACGUAAGAGUUCAGAGAUGAGUUGAUGAAAGAAAAUAUCGGCCACGUACGAUGUAACACGUACGUGCGUAUCCAACAUUGUGACUCAACAGCCGCCAUGACUGACAAUGGUUCUUGCGUAUUUCCCAGUCUUCAUUCGCAACAUUUUCUCCAUCUUUUAUGUAAAAUUAAUACAUUAACGCAUAAAAUAUAUUCUCCAGUGAAACAUUUACAUAAGCAUGUUUAAAGACUUGAUUCACUGUUUCAAAUGAGCUGAACGACUCCGCUAUUACAAAAAUACUCAAAUUAUAUUAAUUUCUUUAAUAAGACUUUUUUGAUCAAAUACAACUGUAUUCGAUUACACUCUUAUAACCUAAUGCACAUCGCACACUUCUUUCGUUGUAUGAUUAACCGGCUAUCAAAUGCCUUGCACUUGCAGUCAGCAACUGGUUGAACAUCGUCGCACUCCCCACUUGGCCGGGAGCCUUUCGCCAUUGGGAGUGCUGGGAACGUGAAUCGUAAACUCCCGCAUCCAUGACCCAUCCAUUAGUCAAUUAUGAACCUCGAACAAGCGCUCGUCAAAUUACACACUGUAUCAAGAGCAGAUUCAAUACAAAACUAACGUUUCGCUUCAAGGCCCUUCCUUUUUUGUACGUUUCUCUGUGUACGGUUGUGAAGAAUCCUGCCGACUACAAGAACGUGCUAAAUCGGAGUAUGGAAUGUUUAGAAAGCUUAUUAGGCACAUAGAUUUUAAAGUGAGGUUGCAGUCCUGUAUUCAUAAUACGGAUCGGCAAGUGCUAAGUAGUAUUCAAUUUGUACUAUCAACAACGCCAGCAGAACACCACAGUCAAAAGUUAGUUUAGUGUUUGGAUUUAGUGCACGGUAGCCGCGAGGGUUCCAGAUUACGAAGUACGAAAGAUAAUUACGGUAGAAAAGCGCUUUCAGCACUCAACAAAUACAGGCAGAAAUUGUACGCUGUAGCGAUAUUUUAGAGAGAAGCUAGUUAUUUAGAAUCAGAAUUUGUAAACGUGAAUUGGUAAAAAAAAAUUGUGAAAUAACUUUAUAUUUAAUGUUAAGAAAAGCUACGCACGCUGUACGCAGCGAUUGCAAUGACAUUAAACUUCCAAAACUGGAAAAAAUUCCUGCCACUGAAUUUUGUUUACAUAAAUUCAUCUGUAAGAUGAAAACUGACCUGAAACUACUUUCAGUGGUAUAAUAUCUUGUCUCUGUAUCACAAAAAGGCGAGAGAUAAUAACUCUCUUUCAAAAUUUACGAACCACACAACGAUAAGCAUACUAAACGAAAGUACUACAAAUACUUGGCAACUGUUCAUUUAUUCUCUUGAAAAUGUACAAUUUCUUUCACGUUUUUCAACGUACUUAGCAAAAAUACUUCUCUAAUUAUUCUACGAGAACGUUAUUCCACAGCUUCUUUAUCAUGAUUCGUCUCAUUAACACCCAGUCAUUUACUACCAUCUUUUCAUAUAUCUUGUUUUCCUACGCUAAAGGUGCCAUUUCACAGAAUUUCUUCGCUCGUUAAAAUGCAAAUAAAUGCGUCAUGCAAAGACUAUCGUCUGCUGCAACUGCACGAAACGAUUGAUUUGAAAACUACUGGGAAAUAUAUCUAGGGUGAAUGUAUUUGUAGAUAUUUUCUUUGUGAAAUGGUUGAUUUCAAAAUAAUUGGGAGAUACGCUCUCGAAUCACUUUAUGUGAAGAUAUUUUCCACACUGUGAACUGGCUGCCUUAUUAAUGUCUUUACUUCGCUUUUAUAACUCUGUUGGUUCUAUGUGAAAUUUUUCAAUUAUAUCUAUAUGGAUACUGAUUAUUGUACCAUUUAUGCAGCUUUGAUCAUCUAUGAACCCAUUGUUGUUUAUGACAAAAAAAAUUAGUUAAAAACUUUUACUGUACUUGGUGUUAUCGAGUGCAGCUUCUGCCCCAAUUUCAUAAAUUAAAUGAAACAGUUUGUCUUUUUCUAAAGAACAAUAUGUCUGUCACCCUGUUACUUCGAACAUAUCAUACUGCACAAAUAACGAUAGCUUUCCUAUUGAAAUUGUCUACUCAAAUUAUUCCAGAACAUUUGGCAAAAUGCUGUUGUUGCAUGUUUAAUGAAUUAAUUUUUGACUGCUUGUAAAGUAUUUAUUUAUGCAUAUUAAGUGUUUAUGGAACUAUUAAUUUGUAUAUUGU